AUGGAUUUAUUCUUCUACAGGGUGUUUGGCUCAGGGAGGAAGGAUUCUCUGAAGUCAAGUUUCAGUGGAGCUAACCUUUUCAUUCUUGCUCCAAAUUCCUCUCUAGAGGUUCUCAUAGAUAACUUUAAGCAACAAGGCCUUGACAUAGAAGACUUGGUAACUUUAUCAGAUAACCACACUAUAGGAAGAGUAAGAUGUCUAAACUUCGGGCAGAGGAUGUAUGAAGCAGAAGAUGAAUAUCACUAUGUCAAUGAUCGCUACAAGCGGUACACAACCUUUAGGAGAAUUCUGCGGUUCAUUUGCCCUGUUGAGGUUGAGGGAAGGGACAACAAAUUUGCACCCCUUGAUUUGCAGACCCCAAAAAGGUUUGACAACCAAUAUUUUAUAAACAUUCUUGGAGGUAAUGGCUUGUUAGGUUCUGAUAAUGUUCUUAUCAGCCAGGAUUUGGAUGGAAAGAGUACAGAGCAUGUUUGGUUCCGAAUUAAUGGAUCAUGUCCUACUAUCACGUGUACCUCUCCGCCAGCAUACCGUAGCUCCUUAUCACUAAAAAACUUUCCCAUGUGAGGCAAACAAACUUCGAACACCAUUUUUUAGACCUACAUUCACACAUUAACACUUUAAUCCCAAAAAUCGA